AUGUUAUCAAGGGGAUUAUUGAGGAGUAUACGAUUCUCUUUAGCUAUAUUUUACCUAUUCCUCGUACUUAUUACGAUUCCCAUCUCUUUUCAAGUUGGCGGUCUUUACUGUGGUCUCUCCUUUACGGUUACACUGUUUAUUCUAUACUUCACAACAACAACUUUGAAGAUAACUACUACCAAUGGAAGCGGGAAGUUUAAGCUCUUAGCUUCUUUGAUUUAUUAUUUACAGCACUUUUUGAUCCCUUCGAUAUUGUUUUUGUUUCUUUCUGCGUUCAAUAGCGAUCAGUUACAGAGAUUGGUAGAUUCGGAUGCAGUUGGAGCUUCUAGCAAAGGGUUUAUAUUCGAGGGCAAUGUUAAUGAGUCAUUAUUACAGCUUUUAAGCUUGCCACCUGGAAAUGAGGGGAGCGUUGCAUCUUAUUAUUAUUACUACAAGUAUAUUGUGAAGCCUUGGCAGUAUAUGUUGCUUCAUGCUACCCCUUAUUUUACAUUAACGGAGGGGUUUUUUACAGUUUUGGCGAUUCAAGCCAUUGGAGAAACUGGUCGUUGGUUGCGUUAUAAGAAGAAUAGCAAUACUUGGGUUAUUUUGAGUUUGCUGGUAUCUGGGGUGGUAAUAACCACCUCGAUGUUUUACUUAUACCGUAUUUAUGUGACACCUAUUUGGCCAUUGAGCGUCCAAACUGCAACAUUGUUGGGGUUUACUCUAUCUCUGGUGUUUGGAUUAGGGCUGUAUGGUAUUAUUAGUGGCAAGGGGUCUACUAUUGAGAGCUCUUUGUUUUUUGCUUAUAUGGUACGCUGUAUAUACGAAAUUUCACCGCAGCUGGCGUUAACCGCGAUGACUGAGAUCUUUCAAGUUGUACACGAUACUUGGCAACUUCAACAAGGGACUUUGUCCAAAAAUAAUUUGCUAACUUAUUACAAUACUUUCGUUUCGAAUGCGGAAUCUUUUUGGGAUUCACUUUUGAAGAAAACUGCUAUUGGAACAGCUGCUGCUGCUGAAGAAACGUACACUAUAUUUGGCUAUUCUAUGCCAUUUACAUCUACUAUAGCCAAAGACACAUUAAUCAUAUUGCAAACACAGUGGUGGUUAAAAUGUCAGCAAAUCUGGAGUUUCACGAAAAAUUUCUCAGUUGGCAUUCCUCGUUCCAUUCAUGAGAUUCUAAUGGUGACUCUGAAAAUGGCCAAGGAAUCUAUAAAUCCAGCUGUAAUAACGAAUCUAGUAUUUCGGGUACUUGUGUUCUACUCAGCUACCAGGAUCAUUCCUGCGUUACAGAAGGCCACAGGGGCUACACAGAGUAGGAAACUAAUGAGAAUAAUAUACUGGUACUCUCCUUGUAUUGUAAUUGCAAUGUACACGCAUUUGAUCCUCCGUUACAGUGGCGAAUUAAACAAUGAUCUAUGCAUAUGGGGUUGUUUCCCGUGGUUAAAUUUUUCCGCUAAAACCCGUAGUAAAUGGGUGGUUGAUGCAUGGAGCUUCUGGAAUUGGUGUAAUUUGUUCUUCACACUACUAAUAUACGCAGUAGAACUAAUCGGAAGCAGAUAG